AUGGAAGGCGAUAACCUUUCAACAGGAGUGACAGGUUUAUUAUUACGAUAUGCAAGUCAGAAUUCAUUGGAUGAGAGUUCUCAAAAACAAGUACCAAGGUCAGGGAGACGUGAACGAACUCCAUAUAGAAAUAGCUCUCAUACAGUUCGUGCAUUUGAAGUUUUACAAUCUUUGCGAAGAGAUGAGGUAUUUUGUGAUAUUAAAUUAGAAACGGAUGAUAAUACAGUAGUAUUUGGACACAAAGUUGUUUUAGCAUCUGCUAGUCCUUAUUUCCAUGCUAUGUUCACAAGUUUUGAAGAGAGCAAUAAAGAUCAUGUAAUUAUUCGAGAAUUGGAUUCUACAGCAUUAAAACUCCUAGUAGAUUUUAUUUAUACUGCCCAAAUAAUGGUCAGUGAAGAAAAUGUACAGGUUUUAUUACCCGCUGCAAAUCUCUUACAAUUACACGAUGUACAAGAUGCAUGUUGUGAUUUUUUACAAUCACAACUGCACCCUACAAAUUGUCUUGGUAUCAAAGCAUUUGCCGAUUUACAUGGCUGUAUGGAACUAUUGUCUAGUUCUGAAUCAUAUAUUCAACAACACUUUUCAGAAGUGGUUGAAGGUGACGAGUUCCUAUCUUUAUCAUCCGAACAAGUAGUUAAGUUAAUCUCCAGUGAUGAACUCACAGUUCCAUCUGAAGAAAAAGUAUUUGAAUGUGUUAUUUGUUGGGUUAAUUAUGAAUCAAGUUGUAGAAAAGAUAUGUUGCCUAAAUUAAUGGAGCAUGUUCGUUUGCCUUUAGCAUCAAAAGAAUAUUUACUUAAGAGAGUUGAAGAGGAACCUCUUCUUAAAAAUAGUCUUGAAUGUAAAGACUAUAUAAUUGAAGCUUUAAAUUUUCAUUUACUCAAGUCUGAACAGCCUGGUACUAUUCCGAAAACCAUUCGUACCAAGCCCAGACAACCUGUUGGUUUACCUAAAAUAAUACUAGUGGUUGGAGGACAAGCGCCUAAAGCCAUUCGUAGUGUAGAAUGGUAUGACCCAGCAACCAAUCGAUGGCAGUCUGGACCUGAAAUGAGUACACGCCGUUGUAGAGCUGGCCUGGCUGUAUUAAAAGAUCGUCGUGUAUUUGCUGUGGGUGGUUUUAAUGGUUCAUUAAGGGUUCGUACAGUUGAUAUGCUUGAUUUGUCAUCACCAUCACCUUGUUGGGUACCAACUGUUGCCAUGUUAGCUAGACGAGGAACUUUAGGAGUGGCUGUAUUAGAUAAUUGCAUAUAUGCUGUAGGUGGGUUUGAUGGCACUAGUGGUUUGAAUAGUGCAGAAGUUUUUGACUGCACUACUCAAGAAUGGAGAAUGGUAUCUAGUAUGUCAACCAGAAGAAGUAGUGUUGGUGUUGGAGUCCUCAAUAAUCUUUUAUAUGCGGUAGGAGGUUAUGAUGGAUUAUCAAGGCAGUGUUUAAAAUCCGUUGAAUGUUAUCAUCCCAGUACUGAUACAUGGACUCCAGUAGCAGAAAUGUGUGUACGUCGCAGUGGCGCUGGUGUAGGAGUCUUAGACGGUGUAAUGUAUGCUGUCGGUGGCCAUGAUGGACCUGAAGUUCGUAAUAGUGUUGAAGCAUAUAGACCAAGUACUGGAGUUUGGACUUCUAUUGCUGAUAUGCAUAUGUGUCGAAGAAACGCUGGAGUAAUUGCAUUAGAUGGGUUAUUAUAUGUUGUGGGCGGUGAUGAUGGAGCUUCUAAUUUGGCUUCCAUUGAAAUUUACAAUCCCAACACCAAUACAUGGUCCAUGUUAACAGCCUCUAUGAAUAUUGGCCGAAGUUAUGCCGGAGUGGUAGUCAUUGAUAAGCCUCCACAUUUUAAUAGUUAA